GCACUGAUAGGCAGCACUAAUGAGGUGUCACGGAUAGGCGGCACUAAUAUGCAGCACUGAUAGGCGGCACUGAUAGGUGACACUGAUGAUGGGUACUGAUAGAUGGCACUGACUGGCGGCACUGACUGGCGGCCACUGGUGGGCGGGCACUGGUGGGCGGGCACUGGUGGGCACAGGUGGGUGGCACUGGUGCUGGGCACAGGUGGGUGGCACUUCUGGGCACAGGUGUGUGACACUGCAGAGUGGCACAGGUGGGUGCACUGCUGGGCACAGGUGGGUGCACUGCUGGGCACAGGUGGGUGGAGCUAGUGGGCGCACUGCUGGGCACAGGUGGGCGGAACUUGUGGGUGGCACUGCUGGGCACCGAUCAUUAGGGCACUGAUCAUCAGUGGCCCUGAUGGAUCUGACAGCGUGAGGAAACUGCAGCUGAGAACCGGCACUUGCAUUUCCCUGUGAUCAGCGUGUCAUUGGACACCGCUGAUCAC